AGUACCACCCCUUAUGCGAGCCUUGCCGAAAGCAGCUUUCCUUUGCGUCUUCCGGUAAUGUUUUCAUAGCCGAAUUUCGUCGAGCUCAAAGCAGAUGGGUUGUGGGUUCAGUCGAGUGACGUCGAGAGAAGUUACGGGAGUGUCCGAUUUGUGCCGAGCUAUAGGCACCGCCCCUCCGCUGAAGCGCGUCACGGAGAAGCGGGGAGCCGUGAGACUGUAGCGAGCGACGCCAACAGAAGAGGAUAGUUAGUUUAUAUCUCCAGCAUAGCCGUCUGCAGCAAGACUUGUUAGGGCCGCGGUGGUCGCACGGUAACCAUGGGGGAGGACUAAAGAAGACCCGAGUCGACUCUGGCGCUUGGGAAAUUAAAAGGAAAAUCGAGAAAUUAAACAAAAUAAGAGUAACAAACAACAGGAGACAAUUCGUGAUUUCUUUCCAUGCUCUGUGAAACAAUGUUACCUUUGAAGUUGUGAUUUACUGGAUCUCCACCACACCAAGGAUUUAUUUUACCAAACCCUCUGAAGCUUCAUUGAUUCUGGGAGGAUCGGGUGGAUUGUGCUGCGAGUCCCAUUUUCUUUUUGUUGUGCAACGCAUUUUCUCGAGUCGCUGUUGGAUCUGUAAAACUAAAAAUGGAUGCGGGGAUUGAGAAGGAGUGCAGCGCCCUGGGAGGACUUUUCCAAACAAUUAUGAACGAUAUGAAGUCUAGUUAUCCAGCCUGGGAGGAUUUUAUUUCCAAAGGAACCAAACUUCAGUCUCAGCUGAGGACAACGCUGUUGGUGACAAGCUCAUUUCUAGAUGCUUUCCAGAAAGUAGCAGACUUAGCCACAAGUACUCGAGGGGCAACAAAAGAAAUUGGUUCAGCUCUAACUCGAAUGUGCAUGAGGCAUCGAAGUAUAGAAUCUAAACUGAAACUUUUCACAAGUGCAUUAACAGACAGUUUGAUAAACCCAUUGGAGCAAAAGAUUGAGGAGUGGAAGAAGGUUGCUAGCCAGCUGGAUAAGGAUCAUGCAAAGGAGUAUAAGAAGGCACGAGCUGAUAUCAAGAAAAAAUCUUCUGACACCAUAAAGCUUCAGAAGAAAGUGAGAAAAGGCAAAGAUGAUGCCCGUCUGCAGCUAGACAGUGCCUUGCAAGACGUCAAUGACAAAUACAUGCUGUUAGAAGAAACAGAGAAGCGUGCUGUAUGCCGGGCUCUGAUUGAGGAGCGUAGCCGUUUUUGCUCAUUUGUCUCCAUGUUGAGGCCUGUGCUGGAUGAGGAGAUUGGAAUGCUGGGAGAAGUGACACACCUUCAGUCAAUAUUGGAAGAUCUUACAACCUUAACACUAGAGCCUAACAAAUUGCCCCCAGCAAGUGAGCAGGUUAUCCUGGACCUGAAAGGUUCAGAUUAUAACUACACCUACCAAACCCCGCCAGCAUCCCCAGGCAGCACCAUAUCCCGAAAAGGCAGCAUCAGCAGUAACUAUCAGAAUGCCUCUAUGCGGCAUGUUCCUUCUUUGGAUUCUAUCUCAAGCUCCACAGAAGCACUUCAUCUUCGACCGCCAUCAGCUGUAAUUCCUGAUGGUAUGAGUCAGGACCAAAUUGUGAUGAUAAAUAAUCUUCCUCAGAAGUUAGGGACUGACUAUCCUAGUACUGAAAAUGGAAUGGUGAUGCCUCCUCCACAGAAUGCCUAUACACAAGCCAGUGACCGUCACAGAAUCAUGAACACCUCCGUGGUGGGAAAGCCGCCAACGGCCAGAGAACACCUAGCUCUUGCUUUGGGACAAGGUCUCAAUUCAGAGGUGUCACGCUGCAGCCGCGACUCCCUUCAUUGUUCCAGUGGGUAUAGUACUCAAACGACAACGCCUUCAUGUUCAGAGGACACAAUCCCUUCUCAUGCUCUAAAGAAAGAUUCAUCUCUUCAUGUUGCAGAUUAUGACUACAUCUCCCUACAUGGGGUGGAAGAAGUACCAGAUCAUUCUGAUUUUGACAAGUCAUCUACCAUCCCACGUAACAGUGAUAUCAGCCUCAACUACCGCAAAAUGUUCCAAGCUAAGCGACCAGCCUCUACUGUCAGUCUUCUUGCUGAUCCCGAACCUUUUGUAUGCCCUUCCCAUGUUGCAACUAUUCGCCGCAAGCCUUCAACCAAGCCCACCUUCCGACGUGGCACAAUCAGUGGGGGUGUACCAAUCCCAAUUUCCACCCCACAGGUGCCCAUAAAGUCAUCACAUUUUUCUGGAACUGAAAAGAAUGUUAUUGGUGCUGGGCGUACUGGCAGUGAAGAGUAUGUUGGCACGCCAGUGGGGCAGGUAGAGCUUGUGCACGCUAAGCAGAACUUGUGCACAUCAACUCAGAGUCUAAGUGCCAUCAGCACCCCAUAUUGCUCUUUUAUACCCAGCCAGAUGCACGGGAGUACUGACCAGCUGUUUAGUGGUAGUCGACUAUCUUCCUAUCUGCCACCACAGCGCCACUUACCAGUGAGGUCUCCAACUACAACUAGCAUCAGUGAGAACAGGUGCUUUGAGUUAUUAGAGGCAAGCCACACACAGUCCUUUCCCACACAGUCUUUGAUGGGCCAGGAAGAACCAGCAGGUAGUGGUGAUAUGCUGACCAUGAUCCGUCGUGGUGUUCGGCUAAGGAAAACAAUCACUAAUGACCGCUCAGCACCACUGAUCAACCUUGGAACCCAGGCUAACUGAGUAGAUGUGAGUUUAACUGAAAGACGCACAUUAAACACAUGCUGUUUUGAUUUAGAAGAUUUUCAUUUUUUUUCUCGUUCUCAGCUGUGAUUACUUUAUAAAAGCUGAAAUGAAAACUACGAAACACAGUGGGGAGAGGUUUUUCUUUUAGUCUGAUAUUUAAUUUUUUUUUUCUGGCAAUAUAAAGCAAUUUGCUGUGAAAUGUCAAAGUAAAAUAAUUACCUGAUUUCCAGUGUAAAAUUCUAUGUUUAUAUUAUUGCAAAGAAAAAACUUGCUUACUAGAUAGACCAUUGUCUUACUCGAAAUAACUUUAGUUGUAGGAACAUUUGUACAUAUUAGUUUAUUUCUUUAUGUGCUGAAUUUAAAUUUAUAAUUUUUGUUCUUUUCCUCUUAGUGCCAUUUUUUUUGUAUUCAACUCUGUAGCACUGGUAUCCUCUAAUUGUUGAGUCGCUUGCCUCUAGAAUACUUUUAUUACAAAAUAAUAAUGAGAAAGAUCCUGGAGAACAUGAAACUGAACAAAACAAAAUAUGCUAGUAGGAAACGAGUAGGUAGUCUGAUGUGGAAGCCCACAUUAUGGCUUUUAACUCCAUACAGUGCUUGAAAGUUAUAUGGCUUUAUGAACUUGAUUCUGAUUUGUGACAGGAAGAGGAAUGUUUAUGACAAUCGAUAUAAUUGACAGCUACAUAUCGCCACCUCACUGCAGUCCUUCCCCAGUUAAUUUUUACUUUGCGUUUUUUGAUGAAGGCUUGGUCAUCCUAUCUUUUUAUAUUAUAAUAUAUACUCCCUUCUGAGAGUUGUGGUUUUGGUGGCCUUUCAAAGUUCUAAUCACUACCACCACAUAGAGGGUAGGUGCUUAAGAGGUCUUGGGAAAAGGGAUGUAAUAGAAGGGAUUCAGCCUUACAACAAAGUGAACUUUUCACCAAGCUGCACUGUACUUAUCUCAUCUUUGUGCUAUCCUUUUUCUUGUUAUACACACUUUGUCAUUCAUUGGUUGUUUAUCUGACUGUAAUAGUCUUAUUACAUUUAUUAAUCUCUCCUUUCUGCUUGUAGUCAUGGCUUGUAUUCUGUAGGUUACUCUGUGUCCUAGACAUUGUCACCACUUUCCCAGAAAUCCACAGAUGUUCAUUUCCAAAUGGUCCUCAUCUAGUUUUAAACUCAUUUGUCGGAUUAAUUAGCAUUGGAGCUGUGCUCUUUUUGUAGUGAAGAAGAGUUUGUGUACAGAAACCAAAGAAGUGGGUUAUAGACUA